CUGCCGUGCAGCCUCCUCCGCGUUGUGGUUCCGAUCCAAGUUGUGGCGCUGGUUCGUUGGGCUGCUGACCCGUCCCGUUCGUUCAGCGUCCCAUCUGGAGCAAACGCAGUCGUCCUUCCCUCAAAGACUUGCAGGUCGUCUCCCGCCACCGCGUCAUCCACCUUCUUAACCUCCCAGCUAACCAUGGUGGCCACUCCCUCUCUUUGUGACUUCGUCUCAUCACGCGUUCGCACACCAAUCCUAGCUCACCGUACUCUUCCCUGUUCUCGCUCCGCUUGCUCGCUUUUCUUGCGUUGCGAGCUUGCAGGUUGCAAUGGAUCGUCUGCGCCGGCGGCCGGAGCCGGCGGCGAUCGACAUCACGUGGGUGUCGUGCCGCGGCGUCAGGUCGUCGCUCCCGUUCCACAAGCCGUGCCUCUACGCGUCCAUCUUUAUUACCUCGUCGUCCGCCCGCAAGAACGUCCACGGUCACCGCCGGCCCCACCGCGUGAAGACGCACACCGACCGCGCCGGCGGGGAAAACCCCGAGUGGGACGCGCCCCUGCGGCUGUACCUCCCCGAUGCCUCGCCGCCAGCCCCGGAGCUGGAAGGGGGCGAGAAGAAGAAGGACAGGUCAGGCGAUGAUGGCAGCGGCGACGUCCUUCUGGUGCGAUUCGAGCUCAAGGCCGAGGUGGCCGUCCUCGGCGACGUGCUCACCGCAUCCGCCGCCGUGCCGGUCCCCGACCUCGUCGCCGAUGGGCAGACGCGGCGCGUGUCGUACCAGCUGACGGGCCCCGACGGCAGGCAGCCCAAUGGCGUCAUCUCUUUCUCCUACGCCUUCCACGGUACAAACAACGACGAGGACGACGCGCACAGCAGCAACGGCGAGCCCGUGGCCACGCCACCUUGCUCCACGGCAUCCAGUCCCGAAGCCCACCCACCGCCCUCGGCCGUGGCGCCACGACUGUACCCGGCGAUGGAGUGGGCACUGGCGGAGCAAACACCCGUUUACCCGCCGCCGGUGACGUUGGCCGAGACUAUCACGGUCGCGGACAUGCAGUACUACUACCCUCCUCCCCCGCCGGCAACUCCAGUGGAGCCGGUUGCGGUCUACCCGCCGUUGCUUGAGACGUCGGCCCGCGGCGUGUACCCGGCGGCAGGGGAGCCGGCCGGCGCAUUGUACCCGACGGUGGACCUUGCUCCUGUGAACUGUUAUCCGCCAGCGCCGCUGCCACAAUACGGCGUGGGGUGCGGGUACACGGCGGCGUCGGGAUGGGACGACCGGUGUUUCUACAGUUGACGCCGUUGUUACGCGGAUCAGGUUGACUGUUUCUUUGUGCUGCCCGGCCGCUUCCGUGGAAGGAGAGCUGGCCAGCGGCGUGUAUUUUUGUUUUCUUGGUCACUAGCCGUUACCCAGUGCAUCUUGUGUAGUUUAUAUUGACAACAAUAAUUCUAAAAAUUUCUUACGAUAAA